AUGCUGCAGGCUGACAAGGCCAAAGACCAGGUCAGCCAGCUGAUGGGUGAGAAUGCGCAGGCAGCCGCCGAGCAGUUCAAGAAGUCGACGAACGAGAUCCUGGGAUCGGCAACGGACGAGAUCACCAAGCUGACGGGCAAGAGUGGUCAGGCGGCCGAGCAGUUCCAGACGGAGGCGAAGGAACUCCUUGAAUCGGCAGCGGACCAGAUCAGCUCGCUGGCGGGCGUGAGCGGUGAGACCCCCGAGCAGCUCAAAAAGUCGGCGGACGAAAUCCUGGGAUCGGCAGCGGACCAGAUGAGCACGCUGGCGGGCCUGAGUGGUGAGGCGGCCGCCCAGUUCCAGAUGUCGGCGAAGGAAGCCCUUGGACCAGCAGCGGACCAGAUCACCAAGCUGGCGCAGAGCGAGGACCUGGGCGCUGCCCCUGGAGCAGAGGGCGGCGGCGGCAACGGCACGCUCUAUGGUGUGAUUGGUGGCAUUGCGGGAGUCGCGGCUUUGGCCGGCGGUGCCUACUACUUCAUGUCCGGAGGAGAGAAGAAGAAGAAGAAGUCGAAGCGUGCUGUCGGCGUGGAGCAGGCGCCCAUGAUUGAGGAAGCCCCUGCACCUGCACCAACUCCUGCAGCCCCCGCGAUGCCGGCAGGCUACAGUCAGUACCAGGGUUACCAGGGCAUGAUGAUGCAGCCCAUGGCCCAGCAGGUUCAGUCCGCUUCGCCGCAGAUCUACUACAACCCAGUGUCGGCCACGCCGGCCUAUCAGCCCGCCAGCGCUCCCGCCGGCGCGUACUCCUACCAGUACCCGAUGGUUUAG